UUCCUCUCUGUUGCGGAUGCGAUAUUAGGGUGAGCAGCAGGCAGAAAGGGCUUGGUCGGGGUGUCACUGGUCUAUCUGUGCGCCUCUGGACGGCAGAUAACCGGGCUGACGACGCCGCCGCUACCGCCGCCGCUGAAGCCCCCGUAGAUGAACCUCCUCCUCGGCUAUGCUGCCCUGAGAGCGCCGCGAGUAUCCGCCCCGCCAACAUGUCUGAUGUCAACAAGACUAUUCAGAAAUGGCACGCCAGUUUUAGGAAAGGCACAGACUUUGACUCGUGGGGACAAUUAGUGGAGGCUAUAGACGAGUACCAAAUUCUGGCGAGACAACUGCAGAAGGAGGUCCAGUCUACAAAUUCAUCAGACUUCACAGAGGAGCAGAAGAAAACUUUAGGAAAGAUUGCAACAUGUCUGGAGAUGAGAAGUGGCAGUUUGCAGUGCACACAGUCAAAGGAGGAGUUCAAGUUGGAGGAACUGAAGAAACUGGAAACCAUAAUUCAAAAUAUACUGACCUACAACAAAGAAUUUCCCUUUGAUGUCCAGCCAGUGCCCUUAAGGAAAAUCCUCGCUCCAGGUGAGGAGGAGAACCUGGAGCUGGAAGAGGAGGAGGAUGCUGCAGCAGGAGCAGGUUCUACGGAAGCUUUCCCCCCACGAGCCCCUGCUUCGCAAGGUACCUUGUUGCCACGGUUACCCUCUGAGCCCGGGAUGUCACUGCUUACAAUCAAGAUUGAAAAAAUUGGGCUGAAGGAUGCCGGUCAAUGCAUUGAUCCCUACAUGACCAUUAGUGUCAAAGAUAUGAACGGUGUAGACUUGAACCCAGUGCAGGACACCCCCGUGGCCACCAGGAAGGAAGAUACCUACAUUCACUUCAGUGUGGAUGUGGAGAUCCAGAGACAUGUGGAGAAAUUACCCAAAGGAGCAGCUAUCUUCUUUGAAUUUAAGCACUACAAACCUAAAAAGAGGUUCACCAGCACAAAAUGUUUCGCCUUCAUGGAAAUGGACGAGAUCAAACCCGGCCCCAUCGUAAUUGAGCUCUACAAGAAGCCCACAGACUUCAAGAGAAAGAAACUGCAGCUUCUAACAAAGAAACAACUCUAUCUCCAUCUUCAUCAGACGUUACACAAGGACAGCUAAGUCGGAGCACGCCUCGAACUUUAAACCACCUCUUUUAAUCUCUCUCUUACAUCCACAUCCAGCAAAAUGUGGUGUUCCACCUCAUCGCAUCCAGCAAUACUAAAUCGAGGUUGUAGUCUUUUUAUUUUUUAUUUUUAUCCACGAGUAUAUGAAGAACAUAAAGAGAAAUGAGCCAAACAUUAGUCAGCUCAGCUCAGAACGCCAAAUUAGUUUUGCAUUUUUUUAAUAUUCUUUGAUUUUGUUGUCGAACAUGUGUCCGUUCUGUUGCUAAAACCCUUAAAAAAAAAAAAAAAAAAAGUCAGUUUUGAUUGGUUGCAGAUGCAGGGCUUUCUUAUUACAGCAGGAUUGUUAAAGCAGUUAAACCAUCUCAUCUCCAGUCUUCCUUAACUGAUGUCGGAGGGAGGGAAACAGGGGACGCGACUUGUGUUGUUGCAGGUGUUUUUAAUGCAGUUGUUGUAUUUGCUCACGAGCGUAUUCAGUGUGAGUGUUUGGUCGCGGGCCAGAUGUUUGAAUACCAGUUUGUUACAGUGUUGGAUUAUUCAGACGUUUAUCACCUGCCAGGAAGUGUUUAUUUUAAUCUAGUGUUACUUUGCAGAUCUUUAUGUAUGCAGCUGUAUUUGACCGGUGCUUACAGAGUCCAGAGGAUUCGUCUUUAUUGGCAGUCAAAGAACAACGAUCUCGGACUGACUUUUUUAAGAAUCGUCUCUCUCUUGUAUUGUUACUCAAAAAAGCCCACUACUUUUAUUUUGAAAUUUCACAUCACCCUGUUUUUAAAGGGCUUUUUUUGUUUUUUUUUUAAAUGAAGUUGCAUGUAACUUUGUUUUCAUUCUGACUUUGCAGAUGUUCUUCGUCACUAAAAACAUCUACAUUGUAAUAUUUGAUUUUAGAUUUUAUUUUUGUAAUGUCACAAUAUUCAGGACUGUAAAUUAACUGUAAGAUACACUAACUGAUGAAUAUACAGUAACUGUGUCUGUAUGAAGCACUACGAUGUGGUAGGACUGAGACCUGUGGAAUGUUUUAGUUUCGAUGACAGACUGAGGGGAAUUGUAUCAUUUACAAUGCUUUUAAUUUCUAAUAAACUACAAAUGAAGCAG